AUGGCAUUGUAUACGGCAUCAGUCACAGCGCCAGUUAAUAUUGCGGCCUUAAAAUACUGGGGUAAAAGGGAUAAGACUUUAAACUUACCUACCAAUUCCUCGAUUUCUGUUACGUUAUCACAAGAUGAUUUGAGAACCUUCACAUCCGUUGCUGCAUCGGAAACUUUCAAAGAAGAUAGAUUGUGGUUGAAUGGCAACGUAGAAUCAUUGAACUCUCCUAGAACAAGGGCCUGUUUAGCCGACUUACGAAGGUUUAGGCUUGAUCUUGAAGAGAAGGACCCAUCCUUACCAAAAUUAUCGUCUUUUGGCUUGCACAUCGUAACAGAGAAUAAUUUUCCAACAGCGGCCGGAUUGGCCUCUUCAGCGGCUGGAUUUGCUGCAUUAGCUGUCGCUAUUGCUAAAUUAUACGAGCUUCCUCAAGAUAUGUCUGAAAUAUCUAAGGUCGCAAGAAAAGGUUCAGGAUCGGCAUGCAGAUCACUUUUUGGUGGCUUUGUAGCCUGGGAGAUGGGAAGUAGGUUAGACGGAGAAGAUUCGAAGGCUGUAGAGGUCGCUCCUUUAGACCAUUGGCCCGAGAUCAAGGCUGCUAUACUUGUUGUUAGCGAUGAUAAGAAGGACACUCCAUCAACAUCUGGUAUGCAACUCACUGUUCAAACUUCAGAUUUGUUCAAGUAUAGAAUUGAUGAGGUAGUACCAAAAAGGUUUUUAGAGAUGAAAAACGCCAUAUUAGAAAAGAACUUCCAAAAAUUCGGAGAGUUGACUAUGAAGGACUCAAACUCAUUUCACGCAGUUUGCUUGGAUUCCUAUCCUCCUAUAUUUUACUUGAAUGAUACCUCGAAGAAAGUUAUUAAACUUGUUCAUAAGUUAAAUGAAGAAGAGAACGAGAUAAUUGCCGCAUACACGUAUGAUGCAGGGCCCAACUCCGUAAUAUAUUAUGAGCAAAAAAAUGAGAACAAAGUGUUAGGUCUUUUAUUCAAAUAUCUUAAAGAAGUUGAUGGUUGGAACUCUGUCAACACAAAUGAAUUAGAAAGUGAUUUCAAUGGAUUCCCAGAUAUUGAUAUUCUGAAAGGUGUCUCGAGAAUUAUACUUACAAAAGUGGGUCAAGGGCCCCAAGAGCAAAAAGAUUCAUUAAUAAAUGAUCAAGGUUUUCCCAAAUCAACUUAA